ACGGGUCGCUGGGAACACGGAAGUCCGCUCACUGCGCUAUGCUGCGUUUGAUUUGACUGCAGGCGUUCCGUUUUAUCCCAUUCUUGAACGCAGAGGACGUUUUUCUUCUUAUUUCAGUGGUGUCUGUGUGGCAGUUCAACAAAAUGUUCCACUUGCGGGCACUGUCCGCUAUGUGGUUUGGCGUGGCACACUUGACUCGGGGCUACCACAGUGCGGCAGGGCGAAAGUCUGGUCGAAGGAGGCUGAUGCUAGCAGCUCUAGUUGGCGUAACUGGUGUCUCUGCUAGUACCGGGCUGCUCUGGAAAAGAGCUUAUGCUGAUGCAGGCCCAUCAGUACGACAUUCCCAGCCACAAAAUGGAGAAGGUUUUGUGAAGGCCUCAGACACUGAGUCAGAAAACACAGUGGAGGCUAGCAGUAGUGAUGAUGAGGCCAAGAAUGAAAGUGGCGAAGGGAAAAAAAAGAAGCAACGUUCUGGAUUCCGUGACCGCAAGGUAAUGGAGUACGAGAAUAGGAUACGGGCCUACUCAACCCCAGACAAGAUUUUCCGCUAUUUUGCCACGUUGAAGAUUAUUGGUGAACAUGGAGAUGCGGAGGUUUACAUGACGCCCCAAGACUUCAUACGCUCCAUCACCCCAAAUGAGAAGCAGCCAGAGAAUCUUGGCCUUGAUCAAUUUGUUGUGAAGCGCUAUGACGGAAAGGACUUCUGGCAGAAAAUAGCUCAAGAGAGGGAGAAGUUUGCAGAUGAAGACAGCAUAUUUUACACUCUGGGAGAAUGUGGCCUCAUUUCCUUCUCCGACUACAUCUUUCUCACCACUGUGCUGUCCACUCCCCAGAGAAACUUUGAGAUCGCUUUCAAGAUGUUUGAUCUCAACGGUGACGGAGAGGUAGACCUGGAGGAGUUUGAACAGGUCCAGAGCAUUAUUCGCUCUCAAACAAGCAUGGGCAUGCGACACCGAGACCGCUCCACUACAGGAAACACUCUAAAGACAGCCGGCUGCAGCUCGGCACUCACCACCUACUUCUUUGGUCAAGACCUAAAGGGAAAACUGACCAUCGGCAGCUUCCUUGAGUUUCAGCGGAAGCUGCAGCAUGAUGUGCUCAAGCUAGAGUUCGAGCGGAAUGAUCCGGUGGAUGGACGUAUCUCAGAAAGACAGUUUGGCGGUAUGCUGCUGGCGUACAGCGGUGUUCAGUCACGUAAACUGAAGCAGAUGCAAAAGGGAUUGAAGAAGAUGUUUAAGGAUGCACAGGGCAUCACAUUUGAAGAAGUGGAGAAUUUCUUUACCUUCCUGAAGAAUGUCAAUGAUGUGGACACGGCACUGAGUUUCUACCACAUGGCGGGAGCGUCCAUAGAUAAAGUUACCAUGAAACAGGUGGCCCGCACCGUUGCCAAGGUGGAGUUGUCAGAUCACGUGUGUGAUGUUGUCUUCGCUCUGUUUGAUUGCGACGGGAACGGCGAGCUCAGUAAUAAGGAGUUCAUCGCCAUUAUGAAGCAGCGGCUCAUGCGUGGGCUGGAAAAACCCAAGGACAUGGGCUUCACUCGUUUGGUGCGCGCCAUGUGGAAGUGUGCUCAGGACACCGCUUGGGACUUUGCAAUGCCAAAGACUUAAUGGAGACCAAAGGUGACGCGAGUGGGAGGAACAAACGCUUUUAAAAAGACAUUUUCGUUCAACACUUCCAAGGACUGCAGCCGUAAGGGGCUUCAUGGCCCAUUCUGGUGUUAUAAAGCAAGCAGCAUGCGCCCGGCAGGGAUGCCAUGAAUGCAGCACACACAUUUGUAUUUAUUUAUCAGUGUCAUAUUCAGUGCCGCAUUAGAGAGCGUGACUUUUUGUUAAAAAUCUUGAAUUCUGACUUUUUGGAAAAAUGUUGCCCUUAAAAUUAUUAAUCAAGAGUAUAGCUCGUCCCAACCUACUUUUAACAUUUGUUUUUUGGAGGGUUCAUAAUUGAUGUCACUAAAAUAUAUCAAUUAAUGUGUGUAUCAUGCCAAUCAUAUGCUUACUGAAACACUUUAUAAAAUGACUGUUAUGCUAAUUAAAAGGUUUGUAUUGGUUAAAUUAGAUUCUAUUUACUUUUUUCAUUGACUUAUUGCUACUCAAUUAGAGCAAUCUUUCACAACUGCAUUUUUUUUUUUUAAGUGCAAAAUGCAGUCCAGCGGUAUCUUGACAUAAGAUCGCUUCGACACACGAUCUUUUUGACAUCGGACGUAAAAUUUGAGUCACCAUUUGUUUCUACAUCUGACGACAUGCUGGAAAUAUGACGAUUAAUGACAGAGCCGCGGUUUCGUUUUCCCGCAAGACAGACGCAAGGUGGAUUUUCUUGUGAGAGAAUCAACAUGGGUUCCAAGAAUGUUAGAGUAGGUGGUGAAAAAAGUAAAAAGUGAGGCUUACCAUCAGCGUUGCUUUUUGCAGCCCUUUUCAAUUUCCUGUCUUAGUCUUUUGAACGAUAACACCCAUUAGUUUUAGUCAUAUUAUAGUUAUCACAAAAUGUUUUUGUCUUCAUCUAGUUUUUGUUGACAAAAACCCAAGACUAAUUUCAUCUGGUUUUAUUCGACGUUUACUCUAAAUGUUUUUGUCUGUAAAAUUAAACAUUUUUACUCCAAAAAUUAAUAAAUAAAUAAAGGUUUCCAAUUAUUUCGAAUGAACAUUGACAGACGAGCACAAAUUUUAGUGUCGACAAGGACACGCCAGCUUGGUGAUGAUAAGUGCUCAGUGGGAAAACGGUACACUAUUUUUAAUUAUAUCGACCUGGACGCCAUGAACUGUAUGUAAAUUGAGUUGUCCGAGAGUUUAAGAGGACACUCACCAUUUGCAUUACGAUAACACGAAUGCUAUGCUAACGCUACGAGUUACAUUUAGUGUGUGAUGAUCACUCAGCACAGACCUUUAAAGGCUAAAGCAACAUUGCAUAUUCUCUCUGGGCAAGGUAACAAAUCUAACCGUGUGUGUCUCUAAACAAGCAAUGGGGAAACUGGAGAGGACUCUAGUGAGUGAGUUGAGGGGGGGUGGCGCAGCACAUCACAUGAGUGACACUGCUAGAUGCAGGCUUACCACACAUAAAAUGUCACACAUUGUGAAUAUGUG